AUGGAUCGACCUAGCCUAACGAACAAUGCGGUCGCGGCACUGGCGACUACAGGCAACGACUUCCCGGACGGAAUUAAGAUCUGGCACAGUCCUGAAGACGCCGGACUCGAUAUCUGCUUUAUACAUGGUCUGUCAGGCAAUCGCGACAAAACCUGGACUGCUCCAGGUCAGCCCAACCCGUGGCCUGCCGAAUUGCUCCCUACACGACUAGCCAAAGCUCGUCUCCUCACCUACGGCUACGACGCGUACGUGUUAAAGAGAUCUGUCUCUUCAACAAACCGACUGAUUGACUACGCCAAUAAUCUACUGCACGAUCUGGCCGCUGAACGCGCAUCUUCUGGUACAGUCAAUCGACCUCUCAUCUUCGUUGUGCACAGCUUUGGCGGUAUUGUUUGCAAAACAGCCUUGAUUAUCUCACACCAGAGUCCCGAGUCACACCUUGGGCAGAUUUCCAAUUGUACCAGGGGAAUUGCCUUCCUUGGAACUCCGCACCGUGGGUCGUGGGCUGCUGAUUGGGCAAAGAUACCAGCUUGGGCAUUGGGUCAAGUCAAAUCGACAAAUCGCAGCAUAUUGGAUGUUUUACAGAUAAACAACCAAUAUCUUGAAUUUAUUCAAACCUCCUUCUUAUCAAUGCUACGCGAUCUUGACAAAAAGGGUCGGCCUCUGCAAAUCAGCUGUUUCUUUGAAGAACUGCCCAUGCCCGGAAUCGGGACCAUCGUCAGCAAGGAAUCGGCCUCUCUCGAGGGCUACAGUGUCUUCAGCAUCCACGCCAACCACUCUGACAUGGCCAAGUUUGGCUCAGCGGAGGAAAGCGGGUUCAAGAGACUACUGGGGGAGUUGGUGCGAUGGGAUGCCAUGCUUGGAACGGGAGACUCAACUAUCAGCCCUGUGGCUGAGCUAGAGUCAAAUGGAAAAACGCCAAAUGCAACGUCAUCCCUCCAAACGACGACUGGGCACAUUUUCAAUGUGAGUGGAGGGGCACAGCAUAACAACACAGGAGCGGGAAAUCAGUUCUUUGGAAAUUUCGACGGGCCGGUCUAUUUUGGUUUGCCGUCUAACAAGUAG